CAGAUCAGCACUACAGUUUUGUAUCCCGUCCAAUCAAAACUAAAAAUGGCUUUUAAGUUUGUUGUAUUGGCCUGUUUGGUGGCGGCCGUAAGCGCUGGUCUUCUGCCAGUAGCUCCUUUGGCUUACACACACGCCGUUCAUGCUCCAGUCGCCUACGCUGCCCCCGUUGCCAAAGUUGUAUCUGCCGUCGACGAAUACGACGCCCAUCCCCAAUACAGUUUCGCAUACGACGUUCAAGAUGGCCACUCUGGUGACUCCAAGAGCCAACAUGAAACUCGUGAUGGUGAUGUUGUCCAAGGCUCCUACUCAGUUGUAGACCCUGAUGGCCACAAACGCACCGUUGACUACACUGCUGACCCCCACAAUGGAUUCAAUGCCGUGGUUCGCAGAGAGCCCCUUGCAGUUCAAGCUGUCGCCAAGGUGGCUGCCCCAAUCCAAUACCAUGCUAGUCCAGUCCAAUACCACGCUGCACCUGUAGCCUACUCUGCCCCUCUGUACCACCAUUAAGAUGAACAAACCAAGCCAAACUGUACAUAAAUUAAUAAAUAAAGAGUAAAUUAUUAAA